CACACACACCCCUGAUUCUUUAGAUUCUUCUCUCCGUGUCUUCUAUCAGAUCCUUUCGAUACCAUCAAUAAUUUAUAGCUCCCAUUCUCGCCGGCGCUCCAUUUUGGGGUUUUGUUUAUGUACAUACGAAAUAUAUAGGUGCGUAUGAUCCUGUAAAGUUAUUGAGCUCAUACUGUAGAAUACAGGAUCAAUCAUAAGUUGAAUCAGUAGAUGGCUUCGGAUGAAGAAUCACCACUUGUUGAUCAAAAUCAAAUUGGAAGUCAAACGCUUAAUCAUGGCAGAGAUAUUCAUAUUCUGAGUUGGGCGUUCUUGUUGAUUUUUUUGGCUUAUGGUGCUGCUCAGAAUUUGCAGAGUACGCUUAACACUGAUGGAGAUCUGGGAACUAUUUCUCUUGGCAUACUGUAUACAUCUUUCACAGUUUCUUCGCUGUUUGCUUCUUCGGUGGUUAGAAAGCUUGGAUCGAAGAAUGCUCUGCUGCUUGGUACUACAGGUUAUUGGCUGUACAUAGCUGCAAAUUUGAAACCAUCCUGGUAUACAAUGGUGCCAGCUUCUUUGUACCUUGGGUUUGCUGCUGCUAUUUUAUGGGUUGGGGAGGGGACAUAUCUUACCUCCACUGCACGGAGCCAAGCAAAUGAUCACAAGCUACAUGAAGGAACUGUAAUUGGUCACUUCAAUGGAGAGUUUUGGGCGAUUUUUGCUAGUCACCAGCUGGUUGGAAAUCUUUUGACCCUUGCUCUGUUGAGGGAUGGAGAGGAGGGAAGUACUAGUGGCACAACUUUACUUUUCACCGUCUUCCUUGGUAGCAUGACCUUGGGAACGAUUCUUAUGGCCUUCUUAAAGAGAAGGGAUGGUGAAGAAACCGAGGGACAGAGAGAUUCUUCUGUUGGUUUCUGUACUUCCUUAGUCUCUUUGUGGAAGCAUGUGGUAACUCCUUUGUGUGACACAAGGCUGUUAUUGAUUGUCCCACUUAUAGCAUAUUCGGGUCUACAACAGGCAUUUGUCUGGGCAGAGUUUACAAAAUUUUUCGUUCAGCCAUAUCUUGGCGAGUCUGGUGUGGGUGGUGCUAUGGCUGUAUAUGGAGUUUUUGAUGCGAUUUGUUCUCUAGCUGCUGGUCGGUUUACUUCAGGUCUCACAUCUAUCACUUUGAUUGUUUCUGGUGGAGCCAUUCUUCAGGGUGGUAUAUUGAUUUGGCUGCUAAGUUACAGCGCAUCUACUGGUGUUCUUGGUUUAGUUUACCCACUUCUCAUUGCAGCGAUAUGGGGAAUUGGCGAUGGGGUGCUCAUGACACAGCUUAAUGCUUUGCUGGCGAUGCUUUUCAAGCAUGACAUGGAAGGAACUUUUGCACAACUCAAGCUCUGGCAGAGUGCUUCGAUUGCAGUUGUAUUCUUCCUGAGUCCAAACAUCUCACUGCAAGCCAUGUUAUUCGUAAUGCUUGCUGCACUCCUCUUGUCAUUAGCUUGCUUUUUAUUUCUCGUGCUGAAAGUAGAGAAGGUAUUCUCCUCUAAUCGCCCGUGAUACAUCGCUGUCAAUUAAAAACCGGGUGCUCAUUCCUUUUCUUCUUCUCAUUUGUUGUUAUUCAUCUUUCUGUUCCGUUGUAGCAACUGUUUAUUCAACUUUAAGCAGUUAUAUUUCAACCUUUUCAUUGUCUUUCCCUGAUCUAUGACGUCACCGAGUGUUUUAAAUACAAAUGUUCAAGC